AUGCUGGGAUGUCUUCGAAUGACAGUCGACGAAUGCGAGGAGGCGUACAUUCGUUUAGCAAAAACAAUCUUUAAGCCGAAACGAUGGAAGUAUAACGCCUUCAGCCGUAGUGUCGACUUCUUCUCCGCCAGCGAACGAUACGACUCAUCUAAGCUCGAAAUUGUGGUCAAAGAAAUCAUCAAAGCACGAACGGGUAGCGACAAGACCCCCCUAAGCAAUUUUACGGAGGACGGCUUUGGCAAAGUAUUCGUCACCACGGUUCAGACGGACGACAAUGAGCUGCUUUUGCUACGCUCGUAUGAAACGAGGCAAGAACUCGACAAACAUUCCAAACAGUUCCAGCUGUGGGAGGCACUUCGUGCCACAUCAGCUGCCACAACGUACUUUAAGGAAUAUCGUCGCGGCAAUGCUGGGUAUUUGGACGGGGCGUUAAAGAGCAAUAAUCCCAUCUUUCAAGUCCGACAAGAAGCUCGAGACCAGUGGCCCGAUAGGGAGGCUUUCUUGAUCAGCAUCGGAACGGGCACAAAGCCUUCGGUUCCUCUUAGAGGGAAUCUUAUACAUCUAGCGAGAACGCUGACGAAGCUAGUCACCGAAACCGAGGAAACGUGGAAUCGAUUCAGGGGGUCACAUAAGGAAAUGUUGAAAGACAGUCUUCUGUUCCGUUACAGCGUCCCCGAGCUUGGAGGCGUGGAUCUGGGAAACCACAAGUUGAUGGGCAUGGUCCGCUCAAAUACGGAACGCCAUCUACGAGAAGCAGCGACAGAGAAAUACGUCACAGUCUGUGCCAAGAAGAUGCUGGAAAUUGAGUCGGGCGAGUAUGCAAAUGCUCGCGCGGAGAAGACUCCGUUACUGCGCUUAGAAGACUUAUCAGACUCAGAGAAGAAUUGCUUGCGUAGUCUCCAUGCGACCAGCGGGGACUACGAAAGCCAGAGGAUCGGUAUUGAGAAGCCUGUCCCAGGGACCUGCCAGUGGUUCCUACGUCACCCCAAAUUCGCCGACUGGGUGCAGAGUACAUCGCCCUCUCUUCUCUGGGUGACGGCGAAUCCUGGGUGCGGCAAAUCGGUGCUUUCCAGCUUUCUUGUGGACGCCUUGAGCCGGGAAAAAAAGCAGUCCAUCGUCUGCUCCUUUUUCUUCAAGGCCGGCGUCGACAGUCGUCGGGACUCCCACCAGGCUCUCUGCGUCUUGCUCCAUCAGCUCUUCGUCGCUGCCCCGGAAUUGGUUGACGCAGCGAUGGGUAAUUUCUCUAGCAAGGACCCCUCGGCUUUCACCCAAGAUCUUGAGGGGCUCUGGGCAAUCUUGUGUGACUCGGCCAGCCGUGUCCGCGAUCGCACCGUUGUUUGUGUCGUCGACGCACUCGAUGAGUGCUCUGAUGUGUCCAGGAAUCGCUUCAUCAACCAGCUUGUUGCGUCAUUGUCAACCAGCAACUCCGGGAAACCUACUGGCAACCUAAAGUUUCUAGUAACAAGUCGCCCGUGGCCCAGCAUCGAGAGCCGCUUUCGGAAUUUGCUCUCAAUCCGGUUGCGAGGAGAAAAUGAAUCAUCCUCGCUGUCCAAAGACGUUGAAAGAGUUGUCGAGCAUCGGGUCCGCGAGCUCAGAAUGUCGUCCGCACUCUCCGAGGAGGCCAGCACAUUGGUCACCAAAGUCCUGACCGAAGGGGCAGAUCGUACGUUCCUGUGGGUUUCACUGGUGUUUGACGCCAUCGAGCGACUCCAAUCGCGGAAACUCAGUUCCAUUGAAAAGUCACUAGAUUCCUUGCCAGGCGAUCUUGAUCAGCUUUACGAAAGCGCCUGGGCAGCCUUUGUCGACCGCGAAGCCUCGCAAAAGUUACUCGGCAUAAUACUAGCUGCCAAUCGCCCUCUAAAGCUAGAAGAAGUUAACGUCGCUCUCAGUUUCGGGGAGAAUGUCACUUCUCUGGAAGGUCUGGAGCGAGAGCUCGAGCCUGACGCGGAGUACACAAUCAAACAGCUAGGAGGAUUCUUCAUUCGAAUCAUUGACUCUACGGUAUUUCUCGUGCACCAAACUGCACGAGAAUUUCUCCUUGUCUCGAGAGCAGAUGCUGUGACAAAGAAGCGGACGACGAUGAUCAAACUGGCGUUGGCAGAGUCUAACUUGGGCAGAUGCUGCAUCAGACUUCUCGCGCUCGAUGGACUCCCGACAAGACCAAGUCUGCCGAUGGAAGAUGAGAAGCGAGUCGCCUCGAACAAAGCGUUCAUCGCCGAUUUACCUCACUGGUUAAGAAGCUUCUACUUGUAUGCUUCGAAUCACUGGACAAAGCAUCUCGGAGGCAACUCGUUGCCUGAGUCCGAGUCCAGCACUGGUCUCAUCGUCAACAAGAUCUGCGAUUCUUCGAAGCCAUAUUUUCGCAAUUGGUGGUACUUUUACGCUGAUAGAGAUUUUUUCCUGGAGGGCAAUGAUGCGAGAACUCUUCACGGAUAUUUGGGUCGUCAUCACGCGCACUUCACCACAAUGAGGCAAGAUUUUGUCGCCACAAGAGGACUGCUUGAGGCGGGCACGUCCAGCGUUGAGCAACGCGACGCAAACGACAAUGAUAUUCUGUACAAAUCAUGCGUUACCAGUCAUAGGCCCUUGUAUCAGCUUCGAUGGAUCUUUCGUCGAUAUAAUCCUGCAGUACUUCAGCUGCAUAAGUCUUUAGCGGCCGCAUCUGAGCUGGGAAGAAUGGAAGUCGUCAACUUCUUGCUUGCUACUGGGAUGGAAAUCCAUCCUGCAGUGCAAGGCCCUCCAUCGAGGACUUGGUCCCUCACCCGAUCCGCCAUCCACAGCGCGCCUGCUCUCAAGUGCCUCCUAGCGCGGGGGUUGAUCGUUCAUAAGGAGGACAUUGCGUAUGCUGCUCGCCAUGGCUACGCUGAAACGUUGGAGAUGUUACUGCUUCACAAUGCCGGAGAGAGAGAUAGCCAGGAAACUCUCAGAGAAGCCUUGGUCCAAGCCACAGAGGAAGGAUACCCGCGGUGUCGAGCUGUGGCGUUGAAGUAUCUUCCCGAGAACGCCGCCAAUGAGGUAGAUCCAUCAGCGGGGUUCUUGUCUGCUGUAAUGCGUAACGACGAAACAGCUGUAAAGGGACUACUAGACGAAGGAGGGCGAAACAGCAGGGAAGCCCUGAUUGAUUGCUGCUCCCUGAGUUAUGUAACGAUGGCGGAGAUUUUCUUGGAUGCCAUCGUUCAUACUCGACAGAUCCUUGAGGAAGCUUUGUUGGCCUUUUAUGAUACCAACAUGGGAACCGACCUGAAGGCUUUCUACCUCAACAACGUGAAAGAGACAGCGGGCUCCGGGCGCAAGUUGUAUGAUGGAUUCAGAUACGUGUCAAGUUUCGGUGGUAGUUUCGAAGAAAAUGUUCAGCUACUUCUGCUGCUCUCAGCAAAGGGGGUUCGCUUACCUCGACGCAGGUAUGUUCAAGCAGUGGCUUUAGUCAUCGCCACAGAUGAGAAGUUCAGCCUCUGGCUCUUGAGGACCAUGGAGAGGCUCCAGGACGAUUCAGAAUUAUCAGCCAGGGAUUUUCUGCCGUUCAUGUGCUUCUGGGGAAAGGCCGAUUCGGUACGGAUGGUGAUCUCAGGAGGGAAGCUGGAUGAUAUCAACAAGAAAAAUGAGGCAGGCGUGACACUCUUGAUGAUCGCCACAGCAUCGGGAGAUGUGGCCACAGUGAAACAACUUUUGGAUGGAAGAGCGGAUCCAGAUCAAGAAUGCCGAUUGGGGGCGGCUACGUCAGAUAUGACAGACUGCGAGCUGGAGUUGGUUGAUCUCCUGUCUAGUGUAGCCAAAGGCCUCGAUCGCGAAACCCUCGACGGCUCGCCACGCUCGCUGGCCCGGGACAUGGGGUAUACUAGCAUUGUUGAUUUGUUCAGUACGUGGCAAUGA